AUGAUCAGGUUUUCCAGAUUCUUUGCUGCAAUUGUCGUCGCUGUUGGCGCUGUCUUCCAUGGGAACGGUGGCGGUGUAGCUGCUACCAUAAUUAGCCCUGUAGAGUCAACCCCGAUGAGCUCUCAUGAAAGCUUUGUUGAGACCACUCAGGUGAGCCUUAAUGAAAGCCCUGUAGCCACAAGCCCCACACCCACUGACAAGUCCACAUCAACUAAUAAGCCUACACCCACGGGUAAAAGCACAGGGAGUUUUACAGUAGAAAACACGUGCGUACUCACCGAUUUCCACACUGCAACGGACGAUUUCGUUGCGCUGAACAACUUGAUAAACAUUGUCAAAACUACGCCGACACUACUCAAACCUUACGUGAGUGACCCGCUCAUCAUCAAGAACUACACGAUGUCGACUUUUAACAUCUCGUUCCUCGGUCAUAUAUUUGAAACAACACCCACGAUCGAUACGCUGAACGUGACGGGUAUCACGACGAUCGCGCCCAUGCCGGUGAACGUUACGAGCUCCAGCACUUUACUGCUGGGCACAACCUUCAACGGCACCGUCACGGUAAGGGGAACCUUUACGGUUGACGUAGCUCAGCUUAACCACAAGUGGUACCAGCUGUGCUGGAUCAAUCUACUGCACCCGAUCAAGUGCAGGCCAAAACGCUUCAAUGUGGCAGUAGCAUUCACAGUGCGCAAGCCAAAAUUUGUGCUUCACAUGAAAGCCGUCAUGUACCAAUGCGCGUCGGGAAUCCCCACGUCUGCGUGUCAAAACCUGACGAUUCCUACCAUCAUGUCGCUAGGCGCGGGUGGUAAUUUUACCGGCUUAUCCUCGGUGAUCUUGAAAAACUUUAAGGAGGCCAAGAUCUACACGCUGGCCCUAGGUUGGGACCUAAUUUCGGAGUUUCAUAUUGACUUCUACAAGUCGAACAGGUUCUUCAGAGCGAUGACCAACACCUUUCUCAACCCUCCAGUUGACAAUUUGAACCGCAAGGGAUACUAUCACCGUGUGUUUCUUGACGUCGCGCAAUCGUUUCUAUUGUCGCUAAUGAACAAGAUCAUCGACACGAUAUUGAAGCCGCUGUUUGGUGCCACGUGCCUGUAA